GCCUCCCGGGCCGGGCUGGGCUGGGGCGCCGCCGCGGCAGCUGCGGGGCUGGGAGGCGGCCGGGAGGGAUGCAGGGCCCAGGACGCGAGGUGGUGACAAGUCGCGUUUGGCCCCAGGGGCUAUGGGGUUACCUCCUCUUCCUCCCUCCUGCCACCCCAAGUCGUCUGAGUUGCGUGUUUACUCACUGGUAGAGCACGUUGGCCUGGAUCUCAAGCUAUCCACGUUCUAGUCCUGCUCUGUCAUUUCCUAGCGCUGUGGCCUCAGAUCCCUCCCUGGUGCCACAGCAGCUGAGUGUGCAUCAAAUCUGAAGAAAAUCUACACAGUACAAACCGUACAGAUAUUCUGGAGUGUGUACAAUAAUAUCCCUCCUGUCACUAGCCUGCCUUUGAGAUGUAGUUACCAUUUAAUGAGAGGAGAGAGGCGACCACUCUGGGAAGAGGACAGUAAUGCAAAGGGUGGCGUAUGGAAGAUGAAAGUGCCCAAGGAGAGCACGUCCACAGUUUGGAAAGAGUUGUUGUUAGCGACUAUCGGGGAGCAGUUCACAGAUUGUGCUGCUGCAGAUGACGAAGUGGUAGGAGUGAGCGUCAGCGUUCGGGACCGAGAAGACGUCGUCCAAGUCUGGAACGUAAAUGCCUCCUUGGUGGGUGAAGCGACUGUUUUAGAAAAGAUCUAUGAACUUCUGCCCCACAUAUCUUUUAAAGCAGUAUUUUAUAAACCCCAUGAAGAGCACCAUGCUUUUGAAGGUGGACGUGGAAAACACUAAUUGCACUCUGUAAAGAAUUCUUUGUGCUUUGCUGAUUGGUUUUGGAAACGGUCUUAACAGGAGGGACAGUGAAGAGAAGACUUGCCGAAGUCCGAUGCUGGUCCAUUUAGAGCGGGUUUCUGUCCUUGCAGAUUGGGCAAUUAGGGCUCAAAGUGGCAGGUGGGGUGUGGGAGAGUGUGUGGGUUUCUACCAUCAUAUUUUUUUUUUUAUUUGCUUUCUAAAUGUUCUGUUCACUCCAAUUUUUUUUCCCCUUUUAAACUCCUUAUUUGGUCUAAUUAUUGUUUUCUACACUCCCCUUUCAUUGAGGCACAAGAAAUGGGUUUCCCUUUAAGUAGCUCUGCUGUACCUAGUUAAUGAGAAGAUGCAUAAUCAUGACAAUACUGCUUUUGAGAAACCACACUGUACUUUGAGGAAUACUAGCUGGUGGAACCUGUCUUGAUUAAUGUGACACAUUCCUAUGUACUAUGCACUGGGCAUUGUUUUUUUCUGUCCCAGGGAAAAGAAAAACCAUACUUAAUCAGAUUUUGCACUGACGGCACACACAUCUUUUAUUUUUCCUUUUUAAAACUUUUUAAAUUUAUUUUCUUAGCUAUAAAAGGAAAAUAAUAGUUGGGUUGCCUAACAUGUAAACUAUAAUCAGAGUUGAUAAAUCAGGAUAUAAAUCAAACUCUAGGUUUUGGAAUCUAUGAAUAUAUUUCUAACCAGAAUUUCAUUUGGCCUUUUCAAAGGAAGGUUUAGAGGGGUAGCAAGGGAUUCCUCGAAAUAGGAAACCUUAUAUUUCUGAUUGAAAAAGGAGGCAAUAUUUUAAUUGUCUGAAUCAAGCUUCUCCUGUAAGGAAAACCCUGCAUGUAAGGGUUUCCAUGUCAAUGUAUGUCAUUUCCCGUAAUCGGCAGCCCUCCAACCCGGGACUGCCUGCCUUCCAUUCAAGAGCAGGAAGUUCAAUCUCAUUUCCAGGAUGAACGUGAACACGCACAAAGUUGAACUUCGAGUGCAUUCUGCUCGUCUUAAUUCUUUGGAAUUGUUAAUACAUCACCUACUAUGUUGCCAAAGAAACACUGGUUUGAGAAGAAGCAGAAGCCUCCCUGAGGAGCAUGGAGCCAUGCUCAGAAUGUGCCCCUCCCCACCUUCCCGCGCCCCCUGCUUUCACCUGGAAGGGCGGGGCCACUUGCAGAUUCUUCUUCCCGCUGGCGUGUGUGUGGAGUCGCAGCCAGUGCCGGCUCAGACAGUUCAGCCAGGGCCCCGCGCUCAGACCUCCCUGGGUCCGGGAUCUCGCGUUCCUCUUGCAGUACCAGCAGAGACGGGUGGGCUGCUUCAAGUCCUCCCUGUGUGUGCAAAUAAAAGUCUUCUUUCAGACAUUUUAAAGGACUUUAAACAAUAUCUAUUUUUAAAAGCUGUGCCCCUUCACUUGCAUUACUACUUGCACAUCAACCAUAAGAGCAACGAUCAGUUUUUUAAAAAGACUUUGUUUCUAAAUUUGGGUUUCUUCAGUGAUUUUAAAAUGAGGUAUAAGGAUAUCAGACCCAUUUUCCAAAAGCCGGAACUUAUUUAACUUAUUUAACUUAUUGUGCUAACAUCCAACUUGUUUUUAAAUUAUUCAUCGAGGGUUGAAAAAAGGUAUUCUGGACAUGAAUUAAAAUUCUUUUUUAUAAUAUAACUAUUUUUCUGAUAGAUUAGAAAAAGGAUUACCUUCAUUAUAAUUGUCAGAUAUAUUCCAUAAUAAGUGGAUUUUGAAGUAUUUUUAUUUUUGAACUUUAUUUAAAAGCAUUGUGAUGACAUGUUCAACUUUUGCAUGUAUGUAGCCUUUGAAGUACAAAUAAAAUAAAUAGGAAUGUUAGGCUCACAUUAAUGUUUUCUAGUUUCUGUUGUUUAUGAUCAUGAAGCAUGGCUUAAGACACAAAGUAGAUUUUUGUCCCAGAGAACUUGUGCAACUGUUUCUGACCCUGUGGAAAAUACCAACUGUAAGAAGGAUUUAAUUUGCCUAAGUUAAGAACCUAUCAUCUAAAUUGCUUUAAGAGAGGGUUUUGUCAGAUUUUGCUUUGGAAAUUGUUCUAAUUGAAUUUUUAGUUCAUAAGAGACGCUGAAUGAACUAAGCUGAUUUAAUCAGUUAAAAAAAAACCCUCUCCUUACCUUCGUGGAUUAAAGAAUCCAAUACUCUUUUGAGAUCCAAGGGAAUAUUUUGUGGAUCAUGCGACUUUUAUGUUAGGGCAGUGUACUCAUCUCGACCGCUGCUGGGGAAAGUGAGAUGUCUCAGUAGAAUCCUAUUUUGUUUUUGUUUUUCAGCGAAGUCCUUGCAGGUGCAGCCUAUACUCUCCACACAGAGACACACAGAAGCCAGAGCUCACUUUCUUGUCUUUGUAAUUCCUCAGGGUCUGUGAUGCAGAGGCAGGGACUCUGAGACCAGUGUGCUUUUCUCCUCCCGUUAUUCCCCAGGUUGUCCGAGCUCCGGGCUUCUUACAUCAAGAAAGUACACCUGCUAAAUGAGGCGGAACAAUACUCACUCCAAGUAACUUGCCUGUAUUUCAAUUUGCUUUUGUAAGCACUUCCUGAAAUGCUGACUUUCUCAGUUUGAAGACUGCAUUUCCGUACACCCCCGCCACUUUUUCACAUUUCUGAAAUGAGGGUGUAGUUUACAGUGAACAUGUAUACUGAACAUAGUGUGGCUAUUAAAUUCAUGGUACAACUGACAGGGGAAAAAACACGAAAAGAAUAACACAACUCUAAUAAACCUUAAAUGAGUUUAACUUGACUCUAACCUCAGCUUUCUUCUUGAAUUUAGCUCGUAUCCACAUCAUGUAUCUGUUUAGUCACGAGACUUUAUAGUCGAAAGAAACUUGGGGAAAAAAUUGGGUCCACUAGACACAGUGUAACAUCUACCAACAGGACCUUCACCAAAUCUGCUUUUUGUUAAAGGAAAUGGGGCUAGCUGGGCACAAAUGUCUGCAGGCUACACCCUCGUCCAGGCUUCCUUAAACCGAGAACACUCAAAGUCUGUCAGCCUAACCCUCCAACAAGUCACCCCAAUCAAACACUAAUUAUCUGAUCCAGUCUGGCCACUGAUAAGAAUGUACAGAAUCCGACGUCCUCGUUACAAACGGUUCGCAUUUCUCCCUCUCACGCUCAGUGACCACAGCAGUGUUGCAGUUUGGUGUUUGAAAAUCAUCUUGGUAGAGAACCCCCUUUCGAGUUUACACAGGGCUGACAGCGUUUGGAGCGGCCACAUGGUGGCGCUGCCCUCCAGCCGGCGGUUCUGGCUCAGUAACGGAAUUUCUCGAGCUAUACUUGUGUAAUUAAGAGUCUACUGCAUUUUGCUCUUAUGAUUUUAUGAAAAUUAGAUUCUACCAAUAGAAGUUUAGCUCUCCUACA